CUUCUGUCAUUUUCUUGACACAAUUUUCUGUGUGCGAUUGUCUGUUAAUUGAUGUCCUAUAAAAUAUGGUUAUUGAAACAGUUGACUUAUAGAUCGCUUUGAUUAGCCUUGAAUGAUUAAUCUGAUACUUACAUAGAGAACAUUCUUUUAUCGUGCAUAAAAAUGUCGAAGGAGAAAGCCGAAACUGUGAAUGGUGAUAGUGCAGCGGUCAUAGAGCAAACAAAUGAAAAACGAAUUGGUUGUACUCAUUACAAACGUAGAGCUAAGUUUGUGACACCAUGCUGCAACAAGUUCUACAUGUGCCGCUACUGCCAUGAUGAGAAGGAGCAGCACUAUUUCAACCGCAAGUCGGUAACAGAGCUCAUCUGCACAGAGUGUGAUACAAGACAGAAGGUGCAGGCAGAGUGCGAGAACUGUGGUGUCAGGUUUGGAAAGUAUACCUGUCUGAUCUGCAACUUAUUUGAUGAUGAAGAUAAGCGUCAGUACCACUGCGAGGGGUGCGGCAUCUGCCGUGUGGGAGGUCGAGACCGGUUCUUCCACUGCGAGCGCUGUAACAUGUGCUUACCAGUGCAACUGCAGAGAGAUGGACACAGGUGCGUGGAGAAUGUAUCGAGGUCGAACUGCCCCGUGUGCCUGGAGGACAUCCACACGUCGCGCAUCCCCUGCCACAUCCCGGACUGCGGGCACCUGCUGCACCGGCCCUGCUUCGAGCAGCUGCUGCACUCGGGCCACUACGCCUGCCCCACCUGCCAGACCAGCAUGAUCGAUAUGUCCAAUCUGUGGACAUACCUGGACUCCGAGGUGGCGGCGACGCCCAUGCCUCCAGAGUACGCGGACUACAAGGCUACAAUACUCUGCAAGGAUUGUCAUAAGUUGUCGACAGUGAAGUUCCACGUGGUGGGUCUGAAGUGCCAGCACUGCGGCGCGUACAACACCUGCCAGACCAACGGCUUCCACAAGGAGUCUGGCACAUCGGAAGCAGCUGAGCCCUCCGCUUCCUCCACCUCCACGGCUCCCGCACCGCCUCCGGCCUCCGCGCCCUCUGCCUCCGCCUCCGCCUCCGCCUCCGCUUCCGCUUCCGCCAGCUCCAGCGCAGCCGACUGCUCGCUGCCGCGCGCCUCGCCGCUGGACGAGCCGCCGCAAGCCUGACGCGAGACCACCGACAACUAAGGCAACGCUAACUGUAUACAGCGCCAUCUUGUGACACGUAAAACAAAAAAUGGGAUAGAUGUCUAAAACAAAUUGAAUGCAGAGCCAUCUAUUUAUAACUGACGGCAACCAAAAUUCAGUACGAUCUAAUUUCAUUUUGCUGCAACUGUGACUGAUUAUAGAGCCAUCUAGUUACAUUUGACAACUAAUAGUGCAGCGCCAUCUAGUGAAAUAUUGAGUAAAUGGUAACUUUAAAACUCACGACGCUGGCAAUUUUUCCGUUCCGAGAACGCACAAAGAGUAAAGAUUAAAAUUUUUUAAUUACAUAAAUAUUAUUCUAUUAUAGUGAUAUCUAUUAAUAUUAGAAAUGGAUUACUUUUUCAACAAAAAAUAGUAUAGUUGCAGUUAGUAUCUCAAUAUAGAUUUGAAUCUAAAGCGAUACUUUAAAACCUAGCCAUUGUUUCUCUUAGAACAUUCUUGAUCUUUUAGUAAAUUAGACCUGGCGUUCCACAGUGCCUGCAUUAAUGAUUUUGUAAGAAUUUUGUACAUUAUGUAAUAAAUAAGUUUGAGUAACGCUAUAUAAAGUUAUUAUAAUUUUAUUUAUAAGUACAUAAGGUUUUAAUAAGUAUGCAUAGACUUAGGAUAUACGGACGUCUAUUUUUUUAAUUAGACCUAAACACUUAUAAUAGUUGUCUCCUAGAGAAAGUUAUUGUUUUAAUUUUUUUUGUGUAGUUGCAAUAAACGAAAACUGCGCCCGCAAAUAUGUUAAAUGAUAAAUUAAUUUCACUAUGUUGAAUUACUGCAGCUAAAUGUGUUUUCUUUGUAUUUAAAACUAGUUUUUAUCUAUGACUUUGCGUAUAUUAUUACUUUUACUCCAUAUUAAAGUUAU